UCAGUGUAUGAAGAACUCCUCCUUUAGCAUUACAAUCUGUGUUUUGUGGUCCGUACAUGUCACAUAAUAUUUAGCCCAUCGUCUAGCGUUUCCGUUUAACGUUUAUGACACACGCUCUUUAGGCAGGCAGUGGCUUUUCCAGAGCGUUCUUGAGAGUCCAGCCAUCUGCCAAUCGGAUCUUCAGCGCGCGAGGGGGAAAUACGAGAACGGGAAAGAAAAGGAGAGAGAGACUGUUCGAUACUGAACCGGACACAUGUUGAGUUAGCGGACCGUUCCUGCUCCCUCCGCCUCCCUCAGCGGAUUCGCAGUCUGCUUUUGAUUCCCGAGCAGGGAAACGGUUCACCUUCCCUUCCAUAACCCCGUUUGAACUAUGGACUCGAAUAAAAUGGCAGUGAGCAUCAACAAAGCCAUCAACACACAGGAGGUUGCUGUCAAAGAGAAGCAUGCCAGGACGUGCAUAUUGGGCACGCAUCAUGAGAAAGGGGCUCACACAUUCUGGCUUGCAGUUAACCGCCUGCCCCUUUCCAGCAAUGCGGUGCUCUGCUGGAAAUUUUGCCACGUCUUCCACAAGCUGCUGAGGGACGGCCAUCCAAGCGUCAUUAAGGACUCCAUGCGGCACAAGGCUGACCUGAACGACAUGAGCAGGAUGUGGGGUCAUCUGAGUGAAGGCUAUGGGAAGUUGUGCAGCAUCUACCUCAAACUGCUCAUUACCAAAAUGGAGUUUCACAUCAAAAAUCCUCGUUUCCCAGGCAACCUUCAGAUGUCAAACAGACAGCUUGAUGAGGCGGGUGAGAACGACGUCAAUAAUUUCUUCCAGUUAACGGUGGAGAUGUUUGAUUACUUGGAGUGUGAGCUGAAUCUAUUCCUCGGCGUGUUCAGCUCGCUGGAUAUGUCUCGUUCCGUGUCAGUGACUGCAGCGGGUCAGUGUCGUCUGGCCCCUCUUAUACAGGUCAUUCUGGACUCUAGUCAUCUGUACGACUACACCGUCAAACUGCUCUUCAAACUCCACUCCUGUCUGCCAGCAGAUACUCUGCAGGGCCACAGGGAUCGCUUCCAGGAGCAGUUUAAGAAGCUGAAGAGUCUGUUCUAUCGCUCCAGUAACCUGCAGUAUUUCAAGAGACUGAUUCAGAUCCCACAACUUCCUGAGAAUCCGCCAAACUUCCUGCGGGCAUCAGCCCUGUCCGAGCACAUCAGUCCAGUGGUGGUGAUUCCAGUGGAGUCUUCGUCCCCUGAAAGUGAACAUGUAGUAGAGACAGAAGACCUAGUGGACACAGACAUCCCACCUUUACCGAGCGUUGUGGACAGCAAAUUCGACGACUUUUUCGGCACCUCGGCUGCCACAGACCCGUUCAACUUCAGUCAGAACGGCAUGCGCAAAGAUGAGAAAGACCGUUUGAUUGAGCAGCUCACAGCAGAGCUACAGGCCCUGAAAGAGGAGCUGGAGUCCUUCAGAUUGGAGAGUGGCCGUCUUUGUCAAGCACUACGAGGGCGUGUGAACGAGCUGGAGGCGGAGCUUGCAGAGCAGACUCACCUGAAGCAGCAGGCGCUGGGUGAGAGCGAGUUCCUGAGGGUGGAGCUCGACGACCUGCGCAGGGUCAAAGAGGACACAGAGAAAGAGCAGCGCAGCCUGAGCGAAAUCGAGAGAAAAGCACAAGCAAAUGAGCAACGCUACACCAAGCUAAAGGAGAAAUACACAGAGCUGGUCCAGAGCCAUGCUGACCUGCUGAGGAAGAACGCAGAGGUGACACGUCAGAUGACGGUGGCCCGUGCCGCCCAGGACGAGGUGGAGAAUGUGAAGAAAGAGAUGCAGGACAAAUUGAAAGCCGCUCAGGACUCUACCAGUCAGCAGGAGAAGGCUCAGUUAGAGCAGCUUCAAGCUCUACAAGCCGAGCUCAUGUCCAGCAGAACAGAACUAGAGACCCUGAAGAGUACCGUCACCUCCACCCAACAGUCAAGUGAGCAGCUCAAUACUCAGCUGUCUGCUUUAGAGGCGGAGAAGGCGGGGCUUUUGGAGACUGUAUCUCAGAAAGAGGCGGAGUUGGCAGGUUUGGGGGUGGAGUUAAAGCGUGUACAGAGCAGUCUGACCAAUGAGAGAGAGAGUGGUGUGAAAGCUGCUGAGGCCCUGCAAAACCAACUCAAUGAGAAGGAGAGUCGUGAGCAGGCUCUGGAGAGCGAGUUGGUGUCCCUGCGCUGGGCGGCUCUGCGGGCAGCUCUAGAGGAGGCGGGAAGGAUUGUACAGGACAGCCUGAAUCAGCUGGAGGACCCCGCACACAUCAGCUGCACCAGUUCGGCCGAUUACCUGGUGUCCAGGUGCCAGGUGGCUCUGGACUGCGUGGAGAGGCUGCAGUCGGCCAGAGACGGCUUUGUAUCAGAUAACACAGAUGUGUCUGGACUGGUCCGGGCAGUGACUCAGUUUGCUCACCUGGUGGGCGAUGUCAUCGUGCAGGGAAGCGCCACCUCCCACAUGGUGCCAGUGGAACUAGCUGACGCUUUGGCAGACAACGUGAAGGCGUGUGGCGCGGAGGCAAUGGCGCUGCUUUGCCAGCUUAAGGAGCAGAAGUCUAUGGGGACGGCAGACUGCAGCCGGCUGACGUCGGCACUGGAUACCGUAAUGGCGUUGGGUGAAAAGUUGCGUCCUCGGGGUCUGGAACUGAAGCAAGGGGAGCUGGGAGAUCUGGUGGAGCAGGAGAUGUCAGCCACAUCAGCAGCUGUGGAGUCGGCUGCCGCCAGGAUUGAGGAAAUGCUCAAUAAGUCCAGGGCAGUUGACACAGGAAUCAAAAUGGAAGUCAAUGAAAGGAUCUUGGCAUCCUGCACAGAUCUCAUGCAGGCCAUCAAAGUGCUCGUGCUGUCCUCCAAAGACCUGCAGAGGGACAUUGUGGAGAGCGGCAGGGGGGCCGCAUCUAUGAAGGAGUUCUACGCCAAGAAUUCCCGAUGGACGGAAGGUCUCAUUUCCGCCUCCAAGGCCGUGGGCUGGGGCGCCACCAUGUUGGUUGAUGCAGCUGAUCAGGUGGUGCAAGGCAAGGGAAAGUUUGAGGAGCUGAUGGUGUGUUCGCAUGAGAUCGCUGCCAGCACGGCUCAGCUAGUUGCGGCAUCUAAGGUAAAAGCAGACAAGGGCAGUACAAACCUUUCCCGCCUCCAGCAGGCCUCCAAAGGGGUCACCCAGGCCACUGCAGGGGUCGUGGCGUCAACAAAGUCCGGCAAGUCUCAGAUCGAGGAUACAGAAACUAUGGACUUUUCCGCAAUGACACUCACUCAGAUCAAGAGGCAAGAGAUGGAUGCACAGGUGCUGGUGUUGGAGCUGGAGACCCGGCUGCAGAAAGAAAGGGAGCGACUUGGGGAACUGAGGAAGAAGCAUUACAAGCUCGCUGGCGUCGCAGAGGGCUGGGGAGGGGAGGACGAGGGAACGGGAUGAGACUUGUCGUGUUCUGCGCAGCGGCCCUACAGACGGGGCGCUUGACGUCUUCAUAUACACACUAUCUUUCCCUUCUCCCUUUUUAUUGUACUUUUUAACUCUUUUGAUUUCUUUUAUUGUACAUUUAAGCCAAAUAAAAGGUGCUUUUUU